AUGUCUGCGGUGAAAUGCGAUCGCCAGGACCCUUGCAUGAACUGCACCGACGCAGGCGUAGAAUGUCUCCGCAAACGCCAAGCACGAGUACAUAGACCCCGGGUUUCUCGACUAGAAACAUUGAACCAAAGAUUGGCGAGGCUAGAAGAGUCAACCAAUAAAGAGACAAGAUACUUUCCAGCAAGUCAUCAAGCUGCCAGCAGCACAACUUCGUCGCCUUCAGCCAACUUUACAAGUAUUAUCGAAGUGCCCAAUGACAAACAGAAGCGACCUCGAGCAUAUGACCCACACGGUGCAGAUCCACUACAGCCACCACCAAGUAAACACCACAAGUCUCAGACUGUGGCGCAUCAAAAUGUUCACCAGACACAUUCUCCUAGCUCAACACAUCAUGCUAGUGAGGCCAAAGAGUACAUUGAGCAUGAACUCAAAUGCAAUCAGGCUCUGUCAAAAGAUAGACGCACUGCGCUUGAAUCAGCGCUCAAGUUCGUCAGCCAGCUGUCCAAUCCGGCUCUACACUGGGAGGAGGCUGCGGUUGUAGAUGACAUGGAUGUUCAAGAAAACCUUCCACCUCCUACUCUCACACCGGAACUACUCUACAUGAUGCUACCUGGACCUGAUAAGAAAACAAACUCCCAGGGAAUAAUCAACUGGCCUGAUCACAUCUCCGACAAAGUUGUAGAGCAAAUGGGGCUUGCAAUUAUCGAGGGCACAGAAUGUGAGCAAGUGCUCCAGAACUACCGGCUCAAUGUCUGGACAAAGGCCAUAGCUUGUAUAUCAAAAAUGGCCCCUCUAAUUACGAGUGAGCCUUUAAGGAAUCAUUUCCGGUCACUCAAAAAGAGGUAUGAAGCCGCUGCCAUAGAGAUUUUGAAUCAAAUUCCGCUGGCAGCUACUCCUAGCCUUCUUUUGCUUCAAUCGGUUCUGUCCGCAACUCGUUUGAUGCAAUAUUUAGGAAACACGACACAGUGUUGGAUGUUGGCAGCACUAGCCUCGAGGAUGCUGGUUUCCUUGAACUACCACAAUAUCACCGAUACCAAUCCUCAAACCGAGAUGGAGGAAAACAUUCAUGCCUGUGUGUACACAUGCUAUUAUUUUGAUAAAACCCUCAGCCUGCUGCUCCUCCGACCACCUUCUCUGCCGGAUCUGAAAGUUAGACCAACGCAGUUAAUUCACCUCGAUCCUGAUCUGCCGACAUCUACCAUGUUAAAAAGCAUAGUCGAGUAUUCUGAGUUGAAGAGUGUUUUACUGAACAUCUUGCUUGAUACUAAGACAAUAGGAGACACGGAGAAGGCCAAUAUACUGUCCGAUCUUGUAGCACGGGCACACAAGAUCCAAUCCAAUAUGCAAGUGUUCAGCCGUCGCCAAAAACAGCAAUUCCCGCAAUCAUGGAGCCGUCUGCGGCGUGAGUGGCUAUCAAUGGACUUUAAUUACUACUCUAGUCUCACGACAAUCAUCCAAGCCCGGUCCUCAGUACUCAAGUCCCGCUUGUUCUAUGAGGACUGUCUAUACACAGCCCGGGAAGCCCUCACCACUCUCCGAGCUUUACAGGAAGGAUUCUCAAAACACAUCAAUUCUAUCGACUCAUAUCCUACUUUUCUUACCUGGACAAUGCUACUAUUCCCGCUAGCACCGUUCUUUGUCCUGUUUUGCAAUGUGAUCGCAACAUCAGACGAGAGAGAUUUCAAUAUGAUCAAGAAUAUCACCGACGACCUACAUCAAUUCGCAGAGGCGAAUGUCUCGAUCGGCAAGCUGUACAAGCUAUUCUCGAAAUUCCUAGACCUAUGUGCGCCUUUGGUGAAAGGAAAACUUGAAAUUUCCUGUUCAGAACAGGCAGCAGCUGGGCCCGCUGAUACAAACGCGGCUGGAAAUAUCGAGGGUCAGAUUUCAUCCUGCACAGAAAUUUUUGACCAUGCGGACGAUCAGGCUUUGGGCAGUCUUCGGGAUACAGAUCCUGCUGAAAAUCCCACUGCACCACCAUCUAUGGAGGGAUGGGAUGACAAUCUUGUGUGGGAACUUUUCGAUAACCAGCCCUCGUUGGGGUGGGCGGAGUCAGAACUAUGGAAUGUGAUGGCGCAGUUCGAUGCAUGA